AAUUGACACUUCUUUAGACCAAUAGAAAUAAGGAAAGCGAAGCAAGUUGGCUAGGUGAUUGGCUGAUGAGAAGACUACUUUCCCUCUAGGACCGAGACAUUCUGACUUAAUUUCCGGGGUCUCCGUCACGUUGGGUUGGACGGGACGAUUCCAGUUAGCUGUUUUGCGGUGUUUCUUUUGGCCAGAAUUAUAUUAGUUUUUGGAUUUUGGAUUUUUUCGUGAUGUAAGCGCGUGCUGUCUCUUUUGGUUGUGUCUGUUUGAGAGCGGGCCCCCAAAUUGCACUUGGUACUGUGUUUGUUGCUCUUUGCUAGCGUCAUCCGUCUGGAAAUUUUAUAGGCACACAGAACAUUUUGUAGAUUUGAGCAAGUUAGUGCCCGUUUUAGAGUUCCAGAUUGUUCAUCUACGAUAAAUUAAUCUACUACAGUAAUCUACAAUAAGUUUUUGAGGAGGAAAUGUGGAGAUACGUCUGCAAUUUUAAAUCUAGAAGUGGCGAGGUUGAUUUAUGUUGGCUCCUUUCCCUUUUGGUCUUUUCACCAUCUAGAAGUCCUUUAUGAUGUCAUUAUACCUAUAUACGGAUUUUCACUUAGGUCUAGUCUUUCAUCCUUCCCUGCUAUCUGCGGUUUGUCUGACACUCCUCCCCCUUUCCCCUUAAAGAAAUUUUCCCGGUUUGGUUUUGGACCGAAUUUUGAGUCCCAGAAAGCAUUAACAAGUUUUCAGAUAUUAUCAUGAAGUGAAAACUACAGUUUCUGACUUUGAAUUCAGAAGAUCAUCAACUACAUUGCUAUUCAGAUAUUUAGAUUCUCAGUGCUUAUAUUGGUGUUAAAGACAAGAGGAAAUGUUACAGUCCAUGUAAACAGUACACAUUCACAUAGUGCUGAAACAUUUUUGUUGGAGACAUGUCUUCAGAAUCAGAAAAAGAUAGAGACAGGCUGGUUCAAGCUGCCCAAAAGUUCUUCUUUCAUAUGCAAGAUCUUGCUUCCUUCACUAACAUACUUAUUGAAUUGUUUAACUGCAGUAUGAAUACUCAGAUCAACCACAUGACUGUGAAAGAAGAUGAUAAUAUUAAGGAUGUCUUUGAACAAAUGUUCAAAAUUUUAAAGGAGAUGCAAUCUGUACUGGAGGCAAAGUAUGACCAAAUGCAAAAGGAACCUUUAUGUUCCCAGAUUGCAACAGCUGUUUGUUCCAUAGUUGAGAAGAACACCAAUGUAAAGGAGUUGCAUCAGUCAGCUAAAGAAAUGUUCAAAAAUGUCCACACACCAAUCAUUGUCUCUGUGCUGAAUAGUAGUAACAUCCUGGGGAGUUUAGAAUCUUCCGUCUCAUCCUUGAUGAAAUAUCCCAUCAUGAAUCUUCGGUUAAGUGACCUCUAUAGAAAAGACACCAAAGAGCAAUCAGAUGCCACCACAUCUGAGAAAAGCACAAGCCCAGGGCCACCCCAAAGCAGUACAAUAGACACCUUGAAGAAGUUGCAGGGUGCGCCGAAAACUGAGCAAACCAAGAAUACCAUCAAGUCCACUGCAGAUCAGCUGGAGCAAAUUGUCAAAGCUUUGCUACCAAUCUUAGAGGUCCUCCAAAAAGUCAUAAGCACUAUGGAAACCAAGACGCCUGUGCCUAAGAAGACCAAUGACCAGUAGGAGUGCUCAUUUCUGUCAGAGAAUCAGUUUGAGUCCUGUGAAAUUUUGGAGUAUGUUCUAAGACCUUUCAUGCUAGAAAUGUGUUAUGUUGAGACAUAAGUGCAAAGAGUAGUCACCCAACAGACCAUUUACCUUGAAUUUUGCUUUAUUCAAAUAAAAAUAAUCAAAGAAA